AUGCCUCCGAAGCGAAAGAGAAACGAUCGCGGCCCCAGCGACUCAGGCCCUUCUAGACCCUCGCCGCACCGACCUGGCGAUACAGCCAUGGCACAGCAUGAUCGGGGAUACGACGGAGGAGGCCGUGGUGGCCGUGGAGGGAGGAACCAACGGGGCCCAAAUCGCCGCGACUCGUCACAAUCAUAUACCGGCGCCGGCGCUCUGUCCUCGGUUUCUGGUCCCAUCUCCCCUAACCUUGCUCGCCCUUCGAGUUCAUCCUCGGCCACGGCAUCCCAGUCUCUGCCGCCCGUAGCUGUGACGCCCAUACCGCAGCAGCAGGCGGUGCCCGAGUCGCCGAUCCAGCCCGGCUACGAGUACAGCAUUAUAACCGACGACCGCAUUGGGAAAUGGGCCAAAGGUGCGCGACAAGAAGUCAUCGACCAUGGGGUGCAGUCGCGCGACGACGAGGACCUUAUAGAGGUGACCGCCAUCUUUCAAGAGCUUCUACACUCUGCAGCCGACGGCCGAUUCCCUGCUGUCGAUGCUGGCAAUGUUGUCAAGGAUAUCUUGGGCCCCGAGCCCGCCGAGGCUGCCCGCGGGUCUCUCACCUUUGACCCCCACUCCAUAUUUCUCGACACUGUUGCGAUAUUCAUCGACGUCGAGCUAGACACCUACAAGCCGGUAUUGGCCGAGUUCAUGGCUGCCACCGAAGUCUCGCCGACGCUCAUGCGCCUGGUACUCGAUCCAGCGUUCCUUGAGGAGGUCGACCUCGUUCACCGCACAUUCGUUCGUAUGGGUAUACGACACUCGACAAAUUUGCUCUACCGCCAAGCAAACUACAACCUCCUGCGCGAGGAGACAGAGGGUUACUCGAAGCUUGUCACCGAGGUUUUCGCGACCAGUAGUGCGGAGCCUCCUACUUCAGAAGUCGUGCGAGCCGCGUUCAAUAGGGUUAUGGGCCUUAUCGGAACAUUCGACCUUCACCCUGGUCGUGUUCUUGACGCGACGCUCGACGUCUUUGCUUCUGUCCUUAUCAAGCAGUUCCGCUUUUUCAUCAAAUUUCUCCGCAUCAGCUCGUGGUGGCCCAGCAGCCAGAUCAGACUGCCAACCGACAUGUAUGCCGGAGGCCUGCCCAUAUGGGGUCUUCCAGACCAUGACCACUGGCUCGCUAGUGAGGACGAGGAAGCUACCAUUGCCAUGCAGCGGCUGGCACGCGAUGUUGCGUUCUGGCAGAGGGCCCGCGAGAAGAAGAUCGGCGCUUUCUUUGAGUUGGGCGGCCGCCGGCUUCCCACGGCAGAGGAGCAGCGCAUAGCCGAUGCCUCGCCCGAAGAGGGGCCAGGCGCCGACCUGGAUCAGGCGUGGAUCAAGAUCACGAAGACGCUGCCGCCCCCAGGCAAUCAAGAUGCAGCUCAGAUGCUCGGUUUCAAGUUCCGGUUCUACACUUCGGACGCUAGGGAUCCCGAGGACAUACUUCCAGCCAAUCUCUUGUACCUAACGGCGCUUCUAAUCAAAGUCGGUUUUGUCUCACUGACGCACCUUUGGAACCACAUCUGGCCCCCCGAUGACGACAUGGAGAAGGUGAGGGACCAGAAGAUGAAGGAGCUCGAAGAGCAAGAGAGAAUGAACCGACCCGGAGGCGCCGUCAACGCACUCAUGUUGGCUGGCACUCUCCCCGACGACAUGCCGCCGCCUACGGUAUCGCGCCGUGACCCCGCGGCAAAUAAGGUGGAUACUGAGGCCAAAGCUGCUGAGGCAGCCUCGGAGAAGCCAAAGCUCCCAGACCCGGACGAUCAAAAAACCGGCCUGCUCAAGUGCCUCCUUACGAUCGGAGCCAUUCCGGAAUCCCUAUUUAUUCUUGGUCGGUACAAGUGGAUGCUCGAGGCUAACCCUGACGUCCUACCUCUGAUUCAUCGGAUUCUCCACCACUCCGUUGAACAGGUCUUUCAAGAGUGCCAGCCGAAAAAGUCUCAUGUCGCCGACUGUCCGGCAAAGAGUCUUCCCGACGCCGACCAGUCUCAGAGCCCCAAGGGUAGUGUCAAGCUCAGCCCGCUCCCAGCCAAGCGACCCCUUAAGUGGCCUUACCCGGACAAGGCAGACUAUAACGAGGGUAUACAAUAUCGGUUCUACUGGGACGAGUGGGCCGAUAACGUUCCCGUCUGUCAGACCGUCGACGAUGUCUUCACGCUCUGCGAGACAUUCUUGAAUGUUUCUGGCGUCAAUAUUGGCCAAGACGCCGCCCUGGUUUCUAAACUCACCGCUAUCGGCCGCAAGAGCCUUGCCGACGACAAGUCCGCGCCAAACGUUGCGCGCUGGCUAAAUCUCCUCAAGCGGCUCUUAGUUCCGUCUCUCAGCCUGACACGCACCAACUCGUCAGUUGUCGAGAGCGUCUGGCAGCUUCUCAGGCAGUUCCCUGUACAAACUCGGUACAACAUCUAUUCCGAGUGGUUCGAGGGCACCACGUCGCGCCUUGGGCCCAUGAAGAAGGCCUUUGGCCGGACACGCCUCGAGACGCUUAGGAUAAUGAAGCGCCUGUCGCGCACCAACAUUCCCGAGAUGGCAAAGGCCCUCGCUAAGACUGCAUACCCCUCCCCCGGUGUCGUGUGCAAGGUUGCGCUGGGUCAGAUUGAGUCGUACAGCAAUCUCAUCGAGGCGUUUGUCGAGUGUGCCAGCUAUUUCACAGACCUUGGGUACGAUGUGCUCGUCUGGUCUGUACUGAGCUCCCUUGGAGCCUCGAGAAGCCGCACGCAGGAGACCUCUGUGCUGCUCACUGGCAAGUGGCUUCAGGCGCUCUCGAAAUUUUCCGGCAAGGUGUUCCAGCGCUACGCCAACAUGGAUUCGUCACCUAUCCUCCACUAUGUCAGUGACCAGCUAUACAAGGGCAACUCGACAGAUUUAGUCAUUCUCAAAGACUUGAUUUCGUCCAUGUCUGGCAUUGUGUCGGAUCUGGACUUUACCGACCCCCAGCUUCUCGGCAUGACCGGUGGAGACCUCCUGCGGCGCGAGACAUUGAUCGGCCUAGGCGACAAGCGGUCCGUGUCAACCAAGACAGCGACCCGCCUCACAAAGGCCCUUGUGGACACGAAGCUGGCCGGCCGCCUGCUCGUCAAUCUCGCACAGUAUCGCCAGAACGUGAUAUUCAAGGCCAUGGACACCAAUGCGCACGUCAAGUAUAUAGGCACCGUGGUCGACGACACUCAUACAACUCUCCUCCAAUAUCUCGACCUUUUGCGAAGCAACCUCGACGGGGACAAGUUUAAUAGCAUCGUCCCGAGCAUCAUACCGCUCAUGCGUGACUUUGGCCUCGAGGCAGGGCUUGCCUUCUUGCUCGGGCGCGCUAGCAUCCGCUCGGACAUGAGGAGCUCAAAGACUCCCCCGGAGAGUCAGAGCCAGGCCAAGGCUCUUACAACCGAUGUCGACGGCGAUGUCGCAAUGGUAUCGAAAACCGACAAUUCAGGGGACAAGGUAGAAGCCGAGAGCAGCUCAUCCAAGGUAGUCAAGGGCCGCAAAUCGGACCCGGUCUUGGAUGCCCUACAGCCCCUGAUUGAUGAGAUGCCCAACGUCAUGCCUGAGCGUAUAUGGCGUUGCCUCAGCCCAGUGGCCUACGUAUUUUUCUGGUCUCUGCAGCUUGGUGAUCUCUCGUUCCCGCUGGAGAGCUAUCGUCUUGAAAGCUCUAGACUUAGAAAGCUCGCCGAAGACGCUAUGAAAGACAGGUCUGACAUGUCACGAGCGGGCAUGAACAAAAAGACACAGAAGCGCAAUGACCUUAUGGGACGUCAGAAGGAUCUCAUUGAAGAAAGCAACGAGGAACUCGGGCGCUUCUCUAGGACGAGAAUACAGAUCUCUAAGCACCUCCAGGCCUGGUUCCCGGCUGGCAUGGCCAAGGUUGAUACGACCUCAGUCGCGCUGCUUGAGUACUGCAUUCUGCCUCGUCUACAGCUUUCGCCACUUGAUGCGGAUUAUUGUCUGAGGUUGCUCAAAUUUCUCCACGAGUUCUCGACACCCAACUUCAAACUGAUGUCGCUCUAUGACCAGCUGUUCAACCACAACCGACUGCGCUCUAUCAUCUUCACUUGCACGGUGCGUGAGGCCGAGCAGUUUGGUCGCUUCUUGAAGUCUAUACUUGGCGACUUGUCGAGGUGGCAUGGUGACAAGACCGCCUAUGAAAAGGAGGCUCUAGGAGUAAAGGACGUGCCCCAAGGCAAAAAGACAUUCCAUGGGUUUGCCACGGCUUUUGGCGAAGAUGGGAAGCCGACGGCGUUUUUGGAACACGACGCCUUCAAGGAUCUUCUUUUCCGUUGGCAUAAAGAGCUCAACACCGCUUUGAGAAGCUGCCUGAACUGCUUGGAGUGGAUGCAUAUUCGAAACGCCAUUACGGUUCUCAAGGCCGUGCUCGACUUCUUCCCCGCCAUCAACUUCAUGGCCGACAAGUUCCUCGAGCAACUCAAGACUAUUUCCGAUCGUGAGGCGCCAUCCAAGACGGCUGCCGAGUCUGAGCAAGGCCACCGCGUCGAUCUCUCGGUGACAGCUCAGACCACCUACUCCGACCUUGUGAAGAGGAGGUCUAAAUGGAUACUGGUCCAGGCGUUCCGACCAGGCACAACUAGUGAGUCUAAGGACGAGAAGCCAUCCGCCCCGCCGACUCUCCGACCUACGGCUCCCGAGUUUAGACCCCCCAAGCCGGCACGAACUCAGACUACCGCCGAGGUCGAGGAUGGGGAGGUCAAGGACCACAAAGCCAAAGCCACCAAUGGAUCUACCAGCCAUGAAACCGGGCACAAGCAGCCUUUGGCGCCUAAGGACGUGAACACAAGCUCGGGAGCAGCUGCCAAACCCUCUACCCCGAAACCCGCUUCUGCCACUCCAGUGUCAGCACCAGGGAGCCGUGCAGACUCUAGCAAAUCCUCGUCGCUCCCGCAGAGCUCCCACGGGCUUCCGAGCAGGCCGGAGCUUCCCACCAGACCCGACGUGCCCUUUCCACCAUUUAGGGCCCCCGUUGACAGGUACGGCUCGGUCCGUCGGGACGCAAGGGACCCAGCGUCGAGGGACCCGCCCCGGGACCCGGCACGAGACUUUAGCAGAGAGACUCUGGCUGCCCGUGAGACCAGAGACCACCGGGUGCCAGACAACUCACGCCUCGAGAGGCCAAGGGACUUUUCGGCAUCUGAUAGACGCCCAAUAGAGCCUGUCAUACGAGAACCAGGCCGGCCUUCAGACAGGGAUUGGCCGAGUCGCGCUGAGCCUCCGCCACGGUGGAAUGAUCAUUCAACGGCCCCAGACCGUGAUAAUCGCCAACCCCGAGAGAGACCUCCGCACGGCUCAAGUCGCCGAGACACUUCUAGGCCGCCGAGGGAACCUGCUGUGCCCGUGCCAGCUCCAGCAACUAGUUCGAUGCAGCCUGACGUCAAAGGGCCCACGAUCAACCCAGAACGUGAGCGUUUACUUGCCGAAGCUAUUCGAGCGGAUAUCAUCAACCCUGCUCGAGCCGCUCUUAUCAAUGACACAAAGCCUCCCGCACGCCAACAGGCCCGAGACCAGGCCCGGGAUCAGGCCCGAGAUCAAGCGCGCGAUCAAGGUCGUGACCAAGGUCGUGAGCGGCCGCCUCGAGUUGAUUCUCCGAGACGACCUGAUCAUUUGGCCCCGAAUGCACCUCAGCCGGACACUGCUCGAGAUGAUCGUCACGGGCGCCCGGCCCGCCAUUCGGACUAUCAAAGCUCGAGUCGAGAUGGUCACGGAGAUAGCAUCUCGAUUCCACGGCCUGACCGAACCGGAGAGCGAGAGGGCGACAGGGCGCCCGGGCCCAGGGAUCUGCCUCAUGGGGGCCAGCUGGGUCGCGGCGUGGAACAGGAUCAUGGCAGGCUCAACCAGCAAGAUCCCAAUUAUGGCCGGCUGAAUAAUAUUCCGUCUGUUGUCGACAUACCAGCGGGUCCUCCAUCGGGUCCACGAGGUCGUGGAAGAAACACUGUUAGGGUUAGCUCGGCCAACGUGCCCCCAAUCCGGACGGAUAAUCGAUUCCCAGCCUUAGACCCCAUCCGUCCUCCAUCACCUGAGCGCCACCCACCCACAGGUCCUUCGUCAUCCAGACCACGACGGGGGCAAUACGAGAAUAAUAACAAUUCUACCGGCAAUAGCGGGAGCACAGACUCGCCGACGACAGCCGCGCCCCCCGCAGGCGGUGUCCACCCUGACAGGAUACACCGGAUCAGCCAUCAACAGCCGCCUGCCCCUCAGUCGCCGAUCCAUCCGGACCGUAUUAACCAAAUCGCUGCAGUGCCACAGCCUUCUGGCCCGAGCUCCCAUUCACGGCCGCCGGUGAAUAAUACAAUAGAUCGCACCUCAAUGCCUGGGCCGAACUCGAACUCCCGGCCGGCACCUCCGGCCGCGAUCAAUACGGACUUUUCAACUCCGACCGGCCCGGCGGCUUCGAACGACCGAAUGAGGCCUGGCGGCAUUAGGCAAUUGCGAGGAAUUCAGAAUACGCUCGAAAAGGCCUCGGCGGACAGCGCUCGUGGCUCGACCAACCUCCGCAUGUCUCGCUCACGUACCAACCUGGCGGGAUCAGAUGCACAGAUAUUAGCCGGAUCGUCGCCUGUAACAACGCCGGUUCAGGAGCGGCCAGACCCUAUUCGCGACACUUCUCGUCGUGAGAUGAGCUCAGACCGCGCUCCACGGGGCCCCGAACCGAUCCAGGUAGUCAGUGACAGCCGUGACGGUCGUGGGGCGCCCAGUGAAGAUUACGGGGCCAGCAGGGGCGACCAUGAUCGUAGCCGCCGGGACCACCACCGGUCCGACCGCAGCAAUAGGCCUUCUCGGCGCAGCAGCCGAGAGCGCAGCCCUGAACGGGAGCGUGAGGUCAAAGACAUGCGUGACUACCGAGACAGGAGAUCCGGUCCGCCACCACCGGGUGCUCCCGCUGAGAGGGACAUGGGUGCGCCACGCCGAUCCCUUCGCGACUCGGUUAGCAGUAACAGGGACCCCUUGCCGAGUGGCCGAGACAUGGUGCCUCCUCGCGAGUCGCACCACCGUAGUCAUCGGAAUGAGGGACCACCAGGUGCGAGGAAUGAUGUGAUACCAGUGGGAGGCCGGAGCGAUGGACAUGGCGGUCGGCCCGAGGGCAUGGGAGGCCGCGGCGAGGAGUAUGGUGCUGGUGGCCGAGGCGGAUCUUCUCGAGGAACCGGAGUCCCGAGGGAUUCUAGAACUCGACAAAGCGACGAUCGCGGUGACCCGCGCGGAGACGACAGGAGCAGGAAGCGGAGGAGCGAGGGCGGCGCCAUCGACUCGGUCAGCCACCAAGACAAGCGGCCGCGGCGUUAG